AUGAGUGCUCGCAACGCUCGCGCCUGGCUGGCCCUGGCCCGAGCGACUCGCAACUCCUCCGUUCCAUUCCUCUAUCAGACUCGCACGCUCGCCGCGGUGCCCAAAUUGCGAUAUCAGCACCGGCAGCUCCAGCGUCAACAGAUUCAGUCAAUUAUGAUGUCAACCGAGGCGCAACAACAACAGCAGUCACAGGAACAAUCACAGGAACAAAAUGACAACACAGAAUACUCUAAACCUGACCCUUCAGCACAAGAAAGCACACCACCAGCACCCCGGCCCGGACGCCGCAGCUUCCUUAAGCGCAAGGCCGCCUCUGUAUCCUCCAUCGCUGCCCCAGCGCAAUCAUCCUUAAACCGACUCAAACCCCCUCCCCGCGCCUUGACGAUGAUGACGAACAGCGAGAAACAAGCCUUUGGCGAGAUGCUCGAGGCCCUUGGCGCCGGAGCCGAUCUCAAGCCCAAUAGCGCGUUACCCACAUUGUCCGCAUGGCCACCGCCGCCGCCCCAACCCUCAGCGCCUGGCGUUGCUUUCCCGGAUUCAUCCUCUCCCUCCGAAACCGAACAACCUCAAUCCCAACCUCCCGCCGCCAACGAACCCACCGAAGACGACCUCCACGAAAUGUCACAGAUCUCCGCCAUCUUCGAGUCCGUCCUCCAGGAUCUGAAGGAGCGCAAGGUCCGGCAGCAGCGGCAAGAACAGCAAAAAUUAGAGAAGCGGGGCCAAUCUUCCCUAGUGACCCCGUACUCGACCUCGUACCAUGCCGGGGGUGACGACCCGGCGGCGUUGCCGGCGAGUUCCUCGCUGACGGAGUUCAUCGAGUUGCGGCUGAAGAGAGGGGAUUUCAUCAACGCGCAGCUGACGGACUGGCUCACGCGGAACCUUGUCUCGACGGAGCGGGCGGUGGAGGCGGUGGUGCUGCGCGAGAGCCAUGUGAUCGAGACGGCGCUGCUGAGGGCGGUCAAGGGAAAGCAUGGGGACAGGAGGCUCUGGGAUGCUUGUCGCGAGAUGGUCUUUCCGCUCGUUCGUGUUUUGGAGACGGAUGUGGGGAUGCAGCAUUCCGACACGAACGCUGACGAGACGGAGGUGCUCAAGGAUGAAUCUGACGACAUGUUCUUCGCGCCGGAGGAACCAGCGGAGGUGGAAGAUGAUCCUUGGGGCGCUGAGGUGGAGGUGGAGUAUGAGGAGGGCGUGCCCGUCUCCUCGGUCGUCGCCGAACUAUACCCCAAGAUGCUCCUGGCCGCCUUCCGCCUGCUGAACCUGCACUCCCCGGCGUCGCCGCUGAUCGGCCAGUUCCGGUCCACCAUCCGCCUGAUGGGCCCCACGUCCGCCGUGCUGGGCGGCUCGACCGGGCUCUACAACGAGCUGAUCUACUUCUACUGGCGCGGGUGCCAGGAUCUGCCGGCCGUGGUCGCCCUCAUGCAGGAGAUGGACGUCACCGGCGUGGAGCCGGACGCUCGCACGGUGCGGAUCCUGGGCUCGAUCGCCACCCAGCGCACGCGCGAUCUCAAGGCGCACUGGAAGCGGAAUAUCGGAUCGCUCCCUCGGCCGCGGAACCCGGCAGAGAAAGUGCGCGUCGGCCGCGAGACGUGGUGGGAUCUGGCGCCGAACCGCAAGGCCUUCCGGGCCCUGUACGACGACGACGGGUGGGUCGCCAAGGUGAAAGCGCGGGUCGAAGAGCUGAGGCGCCGAGAGCAGAUGAACAAGCCCCAACGACGAACCUAG